AUGACCUCCGGGGUGCGACGCACCCGACAACGUGCCCCAUGCGAGGAAGAAUGGGACCGAAUUAGACCCAUUUUGGAGGAGCUCUACAUUGUUAAGGGACAAUCAUUGAAGGAAGUGUCGGAGAUUUUGGCCAAAGAACACCAAUUUCAUGCCUCAAGGACGUCAAUGUUCAAGCUUCGUAUCGAACGCUGGAACCUCAAGAAGAAUUUCAAGCUUGAAGAAUUGGAAAUCGCAGCCAAAACCGCCCAAGCUUUCAUCCAAGCCGGACUCAAUCCUCCACAACCUAUUGUCAACAAUCGAGAAGUCCCACUCGACCGGGCAAAACGCCAUUUCCGAUCCAGUUUCCGGAGCCGAGUCCGGAUGCCCAGAAGACCGAAUGCUCACAGUACCUCAGAUCUUUCCGAGCCUUGGGCUAAUAGAGACAAAUUCAGACGCCAGGCAGCAGCUUAUGUGGACAUUCAUUUCCAUCUGCGGCACUCUGCCGAGAUAGACCUUGUGGAAAAAUCGCUAAUCCAAGUCAACAACUAUUUUUCAUGGCGUUUCACCCUCGGCGAUGACUAUUUCCUAUCUCGCACCCAUCCUAUUCCGACGUGUUAUCGAGUAACUACCGAUUUAAUUGACCCCUACGAAAUAUUCAGUGAGUUGGAAGGCGCCCUCCAAGCAACGAGAGACGGUGCGUGUGAUGUAGGACUACCUGCAGUCCAAAGAUUCUGUCAACUAGCACCAGACUUGAUCCGACAAGAACACUCGCUACUGUUGCGUGAAUUGAUUGAGUGGUGCAGUACAGAUUAUGGAGUUCAUUUAAGGACAUCCAGUUUAAAGCUCGGGCUUAUUAGCUAUCUCGCAUCCCUUUCGCGAAAACUGUUGGGGAAAGACCACCCUUUGGCGAUGGUGUUGAUCCUAUGUCAACGGGGAAGAGAACUAGCGCCCUUGCUUCCUUUAGUCUUGAAAGUCAUGCUGAAUAUCAUGACCAGGCAAGGAGGGAAGAGCUCAGAAAGAACAUUUGACUCCGAAAGAACUCUGGCCAGAGUGCUGCGAGAGAUUGGACAAGUUUCUGCCGCUUUGAGGCUGGAUUUGGACAUGUUGCAACGCUGCAACGAGAUAUUUGGUACGAGCCAUCGGUGGUACAACGAAUGUUUGGUGGAUAUCGGCUAUCUCCUUUAUAAGUCGGGUUAUUAUGACCUGGCAGAGAGGGCUUUUCUCCAAGUUCUGCGCCCAGCCGAACCUGGGAACCACGAGGGUGACCUCAGAGUAGAAGCCCUUCGAGGUCUUGCUUGGAUUUGCGAGCAACGAGGUCACUUUCAGGAAGCGAUGACCUGGUUUUGUCGAGCUCGGGUCAGUGCCGCCGAGGUUUUGAGACCUAACGAUGCUAGAUUGCACGCGUAUCUCGAGCGAGCACACCAAAUGCAAGCACUGCUCGAUCCCCUGUAUACUCCCUCGUCUUCUUCAGAUUCUCUUGAUAGGGAGGUGGCCGAUGUCGUCGAUGGCCUCCAGCUCCGAAUAUCACGAUUGGAAUUGGAGAACGAGGAGGAUUCGACAUCCAAAGCUGCCCCGUGGGAUUCGUGUGACUCUACUUCCGAUUGCAUCGCUUCAGCCUUUGACAAUACCCUCAGUGCGCCGGAUGCUAACGCCGCUACCGAUGCUCGGACGUUAAGAACUGAGGAGGUCUAUCUAGGUUCAUCAGAAGCGGGGGAGCGGUGCUCCGAGCCCAUCAUGGAUUCAAGCACUGGAGGAGGUUCACUGACCUUCGCUGGAUUUAUGAAUAUCUGGGGAAGAGACGACCUGGGUGAUUUAUUAGGACUUCUCGAGUCAAUUCUGACGGCGAAGUAUCACCCAGUCUUUCGAAAAAGUCUCAAAUACCUGGAUAGGAACCAUGACUGGAUGGACAGAGUCCAGAAAAUCCAUGAAUCCAGCCCUAUCACCAGUGUGUCUGAAUCGAACAGCAAUCUCGAGACUGCGGCAGAUGCUGAAACAUAUAUCAACCUUCUUCCGUCAUUACCACAUGACGCUGAUGAGGAAGGGUUUGAUCCCGUCCAAACAUCGAAGGCGAGAUUCGACAUCUCAAAUAUGAAUGUCGACUUGGGACAGAGCGGCAAUCUCUGGACUUCCGGGCCGGGCUGCACACCCAUGGACCUGAACGUGGAUGAUGGUCUAGAUACCUCGUUCUCGGGAAUUUUUUGA